CAUGGCAGCACGUAUCUCUUUGAGGUCUUCAUAGUCGGAGAGAGAAGGAGUGUGUCGGGGCGGAGUUUCAGAGAUCAGGUGUUGCUGUCAAAUGAUACAGGUGAAAGGAAAGAAAUACCUGGCCUAGAGCAGCCCAUAUGUGACUUGUACACAAGACUUGUAAGAAUAUGGAAGGGGAAUUCCAGGAGGAAAAUCAGACUGGGCCGGUGCAGUCUCAGUCCACAUGGGGUGGAGCCAGAAGUCUCAGUCAGACGUAGGAGCCGGUUUAUACUGGUCUUUGGCGCCAUUUUUUGAACAAAGAGAGACGUGCCUACAGCUGCAGUUCUACUGGGAAUCUUCUGCUUUUAUACACAAUCAUGGCUCUGAGGUGUUGCUGGCUGUUUGGGAUCUUGUUGCUUUAUUUAAGAUCAGUAAAAGGUGAAGGUAGAGAAAGGUACGUGACUGGGAUUGUGAAUCAGUCUAUAACAUUGGCCCCCGUCCCAUUCAAAUCAAUGGCCGACUGGUACUUCAACGGGCAGCAUAGAGAUGCAGAUAAUGGCACGCUGGUGUUAUCCUCAGAUGGGCAACAUCAGGACUAUGUACAUGGUGACUACCAGGACCAAGUGCAACCGGGAUAUAACGCCUCUCUGUAUCUCAGGGUUGUGAAGAAGAAGAAUGAGGGCUGGUAUAAACUUGUGUAUGAUGGAGACAACCUUUAUACCUACCUGACUGUGCUUGAUAAAGGAGAAGAGUACAUUACUGCAGAAGCCAAGGGAUUGGUCAGCUUCUCAAUGCCCUGCAGAUUCAGUGGGAGACUGUUGUACCACGGGGCAGAUAUGCACAAUAACAACCCCAAGGAAGUGUUACGCUGUGAUAAUAAGUCAUCCCCAGGUCAUGUGACUGAUAUGUACCAAACCCGCCUGGUGCCAUCUUGUAAUGGAUCCUCAGACCUGACAGAUCUCCGAGAGGAAGAUGGUGGGCUUUACACCUGGGAAUGUGAAGGGACCACUGUCUGUGAUAUUCACCUCACUGUAAAGGGAAGUCAUCACUCCACCCCAUGUAAUGCAGGGAAAUUACCUAAACAUUGUGCGGAGAUUAAUUGGAGAACAUGGGUAUUGAUUGGGAUCAUCGCUUUGCUCUGUAUUGGGGGAUUACUGUUCACUGUUUUGUGGAAGAGAAAGCCAAAGGGAGCCCCAUGCAGAAGGAAACAAAGAACAGACUCGGAGACGUAUGUAGAAGUGAGACAGAAUGAAGACAAUUUGAACUUGGAAUUAAGUGGAAAACUUUCUCAGCCAAAUGGAAACACAACAUUCUCAGAGGAGAACUCGAGCAAGGAACUGAUUGUGGAUGAUACUAAAAGAAUGGAGACAGCUGAGGUCCUACAGGAUAACAUCACAGAAGCUGAAACAAAUGGAGUUGGGGGAGACAACAAUAUUAUAAAACAUCUAAAGGAAGAGACUUGGGAACCAGUGACACCCAGUGUUUGUGCAGGAGAAACUUAUAACUUGUCAUGUAAUACAGAUAAUGGGCCUAUAGGGGGCGGUAAAUCAGAUAUUAUUAGAAAUAACACAAUUAAUAAGGAUAAAAGGGAAAUGGAUCCAGGAGGGGAACAUGUUGAACUUAGAAAUGUUAUAAAUAAUAUGUAUUUGAGUGACACUAAAUCAAAUUCAUUUAAUGGCAUAGUAGAGGUGUAUAAGUAUAUAAGUGAUGCAGCCCAGAACUAUAUAAAUAAGAUAUAUCAUAUGGAUAUAAAUGAUAUGGAUAAAAGGGAUAGAGUAACUGUAGGUGGUACCUGCACUAUAAACAUGGAGACUGAUAUAGACAGUGACCCAGUGGUAUAUAAGGGAGGAGAGGGACAGGGACACGGAGAUAAACCUGCUCUAGAUCCUGAUAUAGACACCAAUGUACUGAGUAAUGUCAAUGAUAAUAAUUUAAAUCCGCCUUUUCAAAGCAGUAGAAUAGAUAUGUACAACCCUGAUGGGGAUAUUGGGAAAAUAAUGGUAGAUCCUGGCCCAUUCACUAAGGAUUUUGGCUACCAACAACCAUCUACAGGUGGGAAUAGUCCACUGCAUAUUAAUAUUGAUAAUGAUGAUUAACCAGGUUCAGGGUAAUUGCUGUGAAUGUCGGGCUGGAUAUGUUUCUUGAUUGCUAUUAUGAAUGGCCAAUGCACCCAAGGGAGCAGGUCAUGUCCAUGUCAGACUUUCCUAAGGGAAAAAUGGAACGACUCUGACUUUGUGUCUGUUUGUGACUCUUCACCAACGUCCCUCUCAGCUGUCCUUUGUCUAGGAAGAUCAACCCCAGUUAAUUGUGUCUUUACUUAUAAUUUACAUCAUAAUUGAUUCACUUCAUUGUUAUCAUUAUUUGCAUUCCGUAGAAGCUCUAACACGUGUUAGUGUUCUUUGCUGCAUGUAUUCUCUUAUUGUCAUUGCCAUAGACUGAGUGCACCUUCUAAUCAUCUCUUUAUGACUUUCUAAACUUUUUCAAUUCAAUUUAUUCAGUAUUUGCUCUCAUGCUUUUCGCUAAACUCUUUUUUUUCCUGCAAAUGUUUUUAAAUGAGUUAAAUUGCCUGGACAUAUAAACAAAACACAAUAAACUGUUCCUGUCAACACA